AUGGUCGAAAAGACGUUGGACCACACCAAGAAGGAUGACGGCGAGUUCUGGAUGUGUCUCGACGACUACAUGAAGAGUAAAGAGUGGGAUUCUGUGGUCGAAAAGACGUUGGACCACACCAAGAAGGAUGACGGCGAGUUCUGGAUGUGUCUCGACGACUACAUGAAGAGUAAAGAGUGGGAUUCUAUGGUCGAAAAGACGUUGGACCACACCAAGAAGGAUGACGGCGAGUUCUGGAUGUGUCUCGACGACUACAUGAAGAGUAAAGAGUGGGAUUCUAUGGUCGAAAAGACGUUGGACCACACCAAGAAGGAUGACGGCGAGUUCUGGAUGUGUCUCGACGACUACAUGAAGAGUAAAGAGUGGGAUUCUGUGGUCGAAAAGACGUUGGACCACACCAAGAAGGAUGACGGCGAGUUCUGGAUGUGUCUCGACGACUACAUGAAGAGUAAAGAGUGGGAUUCUGUGGUCGAAAAGACGUUGGACCACACCAAGAAGGAUGACGGCGAGUUCUGGAUGUGUCUCGACGACUACAUGAAGAGUAAAGAGUGGGAUUCUAUGGUCGAAAAGACGUUGGACCACACCAAGAAGGAUGACGGCGAGUUCUGGAUGUGUCUCGACGACUACAUGAAGUAUUAA